AUGUCGCACCAAGACUCAGAGCCUGAAGAGGCCAUCACAAAGGAGGAGAUUCGCGGCGAAGAACCACGGGGAAAGGCAAAUCACAAUGCAUUCACAGAACUCAUGACACCGAAAAGAAAAACACCACCAUCCACCGUCGCAGCUCGGCCUGCACGGAGCGGAAACCCUUUCAGAGAUAGAAUGGGCCUGGGUGCAUAUUUGGAAGACCCUGCCUCGUACCCAUCUUCUCGAGUCAUCUACCACAAUGAUGACUUUGUAGCCAUCAAUGAUCGCUAUCCAAAAGCCACUAUUCAUACACUCCUUCUCCCUCGCUCUUCGAAACACAAUCUUCUUCAUCCUUUCGACGCGCUGGAUGACCCAGAGUUUCUCGCCAGCGUAAGAGCCGAGACUCAGCGCCUCAAAACCCUGGUGGUCAAGGAACUGCAGCGUUCUCUCGGAGCGCACAGCCACAGCGACGCGCACCGGCAAGCUGUGCUCGAGGGCGAUGCUGAGCCAGAUAAGAGCGGGGAACUUCCCGGGGGUCGGGACUGGACGACAGAAGUCAAGGCCGGUGUGCAUGCGGUGCCAAGCAUGAAGCACUUACACGUGCAUGUCCUGUCAAGGGACAUGUUCUCAGAAGCACUGAGGCAUCGCAAACACUACAACUCGUUCAAUACUCCCUUUCUCGUCGACCUGGACGACUUCCCCCUCCCAGCUGACGAUGCGCGUCGACACACAAAAGAAGAAGCCUAUUUGCGCUGGGACAUGAAGUGCUGGAGAUGUGAGCGCAACUUUGGAAACCAGUUCCAAAAGUUAAAGGGACAUCUUGCGGAGGAGUACGAGGCAUGGAAGAAGCUCUAA